CUCAUCUUCCCAAAUUUAAUUAUAUAAUACCUUAGCUACUUUUAAUUACUUCACAAAAAUGGGAACCAAAUCUGUAGUAUCCAUGGAAAGGAAAACAUUAGAAAGUGAGGUAAGUCAUGAGAACUCUAAAUUCUUGACUGAACCAAAGCAUACUGAUCAGGCUGAGCUUAAAGUUCCAGUAAUUUACUACCUCUCUACAAAUGGCCAGCUUCAACAUCCACAUCUCAUCUAUGUUUCAAUCUCUUCUCCAAACGGAACGCUUCGUCUUCAAGAUGUGAUAAAUAGAUUGAGUUUUCUCCGAGGACAAGGAAUUGCCAGCAUGUAUUCUUGGUCUACAAAAAGGAAUUACAGAAACGGAUUUGUGUGGCAAGAUUUGUCCGAAAACGAUUUCAUUUAUCCGAGUAAUAGCCAUGAGUAUGUCCUCAAAGGAACAAAACUAAUAGAACCUUCAAGUUUUGGAUCCUAUGAAACAAUAUUAUCAAUGUCAAGUUCCAAAAGUUCCAAUGAAACAAAAUGUUCUAGCAUGGUUGAAGACAGCUCACCUUCUUCCACAACGAAUAGUUUGCGGCGUGAUUACAAUCUUUACAAUGCAAAGAUAUGCAUGGAUUUUGCUGAGAAAGCAGCUAAUGCUUCGACUCAGACUGAGGAGAAGGGUAGGCAAAGGAUGGAAAUGGAUCGACGAAGUGAAGGGUUUGAAGGAAAUGGUGCUGCAAGGAAAUUUGAUGUGAAUGAAGGGUCUUUGUCAGUUUCCAGCUCUAGUUUUGGAUCAUUGGAAGGGUGUUUGGAUUCAGCAGAUAUAAGAAACCAAAAGAUAGAGAAUGAACGUCCAAGUGGGAGGAUGAGAGCAACACAGGUUUUGAUGCAGUUGGUCAGCUGUAGAAGUACUGGAGAUGAAUUGUGAGUCAAUGAAAUUGGUUUCAUUGUGUAGUUUUUGGGUAGUUUUUAUGAAUUAUUGUUAAUAUAUAUAUAUUAAUUACAACCGAUUGAUGGAGAUGUAUUGAGUUUUUAUUCGCAAUGAACCGUGAUAGAUUGAACAAUUCAAUUGAUGCUUGACGAAAGGUCGUGUUUAUUUAA